CACCGAUCCACGGAAAGAGCCAAAGAUGGCGGCUCGGUCAUGUGAUCAGCUGUGUCCAAUCACAGAUGAUCACAUCUGUCACGCUGACAGAGGAGAGGAGAGCCAGUAAUCGGCUUUCCACGGAGGGGACAUGUACACAGAUCAUCAGGGCACUGAUGAUCAGUGUAGUCCCAGCAGUGCCAAUUGUCAGUGCCCAUCAGUGCCUUGUGUCAGUGCCGCAUCAAUGCCACAUAUCAGUGCCCAUCUGAACUGCCUUUCAGUGUCACCCAUCAGUGCCAGUCAGUGCCCGUCAGU